AUGUCGAAAACGCCAAUGAGUAUGGGCCAUAUCAAAGCGCAACAGCACAGAUCUAGCAUCAGCUUGCAUGAGCCCCUGUCCUUCAAGGCUUUGACAAGUCCUCGCGGACUUGGGUGGCCGCCACUGACUGCCAAGUUCCUAGUCUGGAUCCACAGUCUAGGCAUCAUUGAAGCGGUUCAUCAUGAGAAAGCCAUAUAUCAGGAUCAAUGGCCUGGCAAAGAUAAGCUACUAAGGUCCAAGAGCAGUAUGUGUCUCAAGCCCAUGAAGAUUCUUGAACCGAGGCACACGCGGUUUGGGGGAAAAUCCGAGGCGCGACUGUUGCAAACCAGCGUCGGCCCAUCGAGCGAUUUGCAUCAUUGCCAAUCAGAAGGCGUUGAUAAGCGUCUCUAUCGGGCCGAGAGCGAGCAACAUCGGCAGGGUCAAGGCAAGUCAAUGACUAUCAUCGUGGCUCAGCUCGAGGACAAAGUUCUUAAGAACCGGCCAAGAUAA